AUGGUAGGCUCACACACGGACAUGGCACCUGCCUCUACAGCGGAGGGGUCUGGGGACAAGCCCGGUCCUGCAGCCCCCGCCCCAGCGGCCCAGUAUGAGUGUGGGGAGUGCGGCAAGUCAUUCCGGUGGUCCUCCCGGCUCCUGCACCACCAGCGCACGCACACUGGAGAGAGGCCCUACAAGUGCCCGGACUGCCCCAAGGCCUUCAAGGGCUCCUCAGCCUUGCUUUACCACCAGCGGGGCCACACUGGCGAACGGCCCUAUCAGUGUCCCGACUGCCCCAAGGCCUUCAAGCGCUCCUCCCUGCUGCAGAUACAUCGCAGUGUGCACACGGGUUUGCGGGCCUUCAUCUGCGGCCAGUGUGGACUGGCCUUCAAGUGGUCAUCCCACUACCAGUACCACCUGCGGCAGCAUACAGGCGAGCGGCCCUACCCGUGCCCGGAUUGCCCCAAGGCCUUCAAGAACUCGUCCAGCCUGCGGCGCCACCGCCACGUGCACACGGGUGAACGACCCUACUCCUGCGGCAUCUGCGGCAAGAGCUUCACACAGAGCACUAACCUGCGGCAGCACCAGCGCGUGCACACGGGUGAGCGGCCCUUCCGCUGCCCGCUCUGCCCCAAGACCUUCACGCACUCCUCCAACCUGCUGCUGCACCAGCGCACCCACGGUGCCACCCCUGCCCCGGACCCCACCCCUGCCUCCGCAGCCUCGCCCCCUCAGCCUCGCGAGCCCUGCAGAAGCGGCAAGGUCUUGGUGUCUGACGCCUACCUGCAGCCGCAACUCCAGUCCCACAGCCCGCCUGCGCCCCCGGCCCCACCGCCCCCGCCCCCGCCGGUGGUUCCCGAGCUCUUUUUAGCUGCGGCUGAGACCACGGUGGAGCUGGUGUACCGCUGUGACGGCUGCGAGCAGGGCUUUGGCAGCGAGGAGUUGCUCAUGGAGCACCAACCAUGCCCUGGGCCCGAGGCGGCACCCCAGCGCCAGGACACAUCCGCUGAGACGCCCAGGGCUGACCCCCCGCCGUUACUGUCCCCGCCGUCCCCUCUACCGCAGCCCCCUCCUGCCACUGCUGCUGCCACCCCUGGCUUUGCCUGCCUCCCCUGUGGGAAGUCCUUCCGGACAGUGGCAGGCCUCUCCCGCCACCAGCAUAGCCACGGGGCGGCUGGUGGGCAGGCGUUCCGCUGCGGCAGCUGCGACGGUGCCUUCCCACAGCUGGCUAGCCUCCUGGAGCACCAGCAGUGCCACGUGGAAGAGGCGGCAGCAGGGCGCCCGCCCCCUCAGGCCGAGGCCGCAGAGGUCACCUGUGCACAGGAGCCGCUCGCGCCUGCUGCCCCGGCCUCCCUGCCGCCCCACCCCACCCCGGCUUCCGCAGAGCGGCCCUACAAAUGUGCUGAGUGUGGCAAAGCCUUCAAGGGCUCCUCAGGGCUGCGCUACCACCUGCGGGACCACACCGGUGAGCGGCCCUACCAGUGCGGCGAAUGCGGCAAGGCUUUCAAGCGCUCCUCCCUGCUGGCCAUCCACCAGCGAGUGCACACGGGUCUGCGGGCCUUCACCUGUGGCCAGUGCGGCCUCACUUUCAAGUGGUCAUCUCACUACCAGUACCACCUGCGGCUGCACUCCGGCGAGAGGCCCUAUGCCUGCGGGGAGUGCGGCAAGGCCUUCCGCAACACAUCAUGCCUGCGGCGCCACCGCCACGUGCACACAGGUGAGCGGCCCCAUGCCUGCAGCGUCUGCGGCAAGAGCUUCGCCCAGACCUCCAACCUGCGGCAGCACCAGCGCGUGCACACGGGCGAGCGGCCCUUCCGCUGCCCGCUCUGCCCCAAGACCUUCACGCACUCCUCCAACCUGCUGCUGCACCAGCGCACCCACUCAGCCGAGCGCCCCUUUGCCUGCUCCAUUUGCGGUCGCGGUUUCGUCAUGGCCGCCUACCUGCAGCGACACCUGAGGACGCACGCCCCAGCCAACAGGGCUUCCAGCACCACAGCCCCCGCUGCCGGCCCCCAGCCCCCUGCCCCAUUGGCUGCCACCCCAGCCCCACAGGCCACCCAAGAUGUCCAUGUCCUCCCCCACCUCCAGGCUACACUCUCCCUCGAGGUGGCCGGGGGUACGGCCCACGCCCCCACCUUGGGCCCAGCAGCCCCCAACUCCCAGACGUUUCUCCUGGUGCAGACUGCUCAGGGCCUCCAGCUGAUCCCUAGCAGCGUCCAGCCCCCUACACCUCUGCCACCACCGGCAGCCCCCAAGCUCAUCCUGCUACCGGCCUCCAGUGCUGGGGGUGGGGGUGGGGGCAACCGUGCAAGGCAGGGCCCCCGGGCGGUGGGGAAGGCUGGUCAGGGGACAGGGGUAGUCUGGCUGCCAGGCCCUGGAGGUCUGGGGAUACAGGGAGGGGGCAGUACAGGGGCCAGCGGGGGAGGGCAGGGCCUCAUUGUUCUGCAGAAUGUAGUGGGUGGGGAGGCGGGGCUGCAAGAAGUGAGUGGGGUCCAGCUCCAGCCACUCCGGUCAGCCCCGGAAGUGACCGCGGUCCAGCUACAGCCGGCACAGGAAGUGACCACGGUCCAGCUCCAGCCGGCACAGGAAAUGACCACGGUCCAGCUCCAGCCUGCACAGGAAGUGACCACGGUCCAGCUCCAGCCUGCACAGGAAGUGACCACAGUUCAGCUCCAGCCCGUGGCUAGCCAGCUCUCCAAUUCCAGUGGGGGAGCUAUGACUGCUGAGGCCCCCAACCUGCUGGUUGUUCAGAGUGGGGCAGCUGAGGAGUUGCUCACCGGCCCAGGUUCUGGUGAGGGUGGGGAUGGUGAGGCCAGCAGUGGUGUGGUCCAGGAUGUCCUCUUUGAAACACUGCAAAUGGAUGAGGGGUUGCAGAGUGUGCUGGUGCUGAGUGGCACAGAUGGGGAGCAGACCCGCCUCUGUGUACAGGAGGUAGAAACCCUUCCACCUGCACUGACUGAGCCGCCUGCCCCUGGCCCUCCAGGACAGAAACUCCUCAUCAUUCGCAGUGCCCCAGCCACUGAGCUGCUGGAGAACAGCAGCGUUGGGGGAGGCACUGCCACUCUGCAGCUCCUGGCCUCACCACCACCUGGCCCAGCCUCUGCCCCUGCAGUGCUUCCGGCGGCUGCCACUCCCCAGAUGGUACAAGUGGUCCCUGCAGGAGCUGGGCCUGGGGUCAUGACCCCACAGGGCCUGCCUUCUAUUCAGAUUGUCCAAACUCUACCCGCAGUCCAGCUGGUGCACACAUUUUGAGGAGAACCACUGGUACCUCUUCCCGCUGCAUACAGAGACCCUCACUCACUGCCGUGGCUGGGCUGGGAGGGGAGCUGCAGGCUGGGCUUGCUAAUAAAGUCCCAGAAUCUUC